AGAUUCAGAUGCAACGGAUUGAGACAGCCAUCGAAUGUGCCAUCAAAUCACGACGGUAUGGUGCUUUGAUCACAGAAACAUUCGAUCUCGCUCGUGUGCAGGCUAAAUCGGCAAUGGAAAAGGGCCUGGAUCCAUUUCCAGUGGUAGUGAAGGACUGUUUUGCAGUUGAGGGGUAUCCUAUGACUUGUGCCUCAAAAAUGCUAGAAAAAUAUGUCCCACCCUAUACCGCAACUGUUGUGCAGCGACUUAUUGAUAAAGGAGGAUGUGUGAUUGGAAAAGCCAACAUGGAUGAAUUCUGCAUGGGUACAUCUAGCGUGCUCGGCUACUUUGGACCCGUCAAGAGCGGAUUGACCGAAGACGUUGAGGAAGAUUGGCUUGUACCUGGAGGCUCUUCUGGUGGAUCAGCGGUCGCAGUUCAGCUAGGCAUGGCCGAUGUAGGUCUUGGCUCUGACACUGGUGGAUCAUCUAGAAAUCCUGCUGCCUUCAAUGGCUUAUUUGGUUUAAAACCAACUUUUGGAACAUUGUCACGACAUGGCUUAGUUCCACUGGUAAACUCUUUGGACGUCCCUUCGAUACUGGCCAAAAGUGCUAAAGCUUGUUGGAAUUUUUUAGAUAAAAUGGCUGGGAUUGAUAAGAAUGAUGCAACAAGCGUGGAAGCUCCCCCUUCUGAAAAGUGUACCACACUUUCGCGACUGCGCAUCGGUGUGCCCAAGGAAUACCAUAACGAAUUCCUCAGCGAAGAUGCCUAUAAGGUCUGGAACCAUGCAGCGAAUUUGCUGAAAAAGCAAGGAGCUGAAGUGGUCCAAGUUUCUUUGCCUCAUACUAGAUACUCUUUGGUUUGCUACCAGGUUCUUUCUGCCGCUGACAUCGCUUCUAACAUGUCUCGCUACGACAGUAUUGAAUACGGGCAUCGCUCAGGAAAUGAAAAAUCUACUUUUGACUUGUAUGCUUCCUCACGAAAUGAGGCAUUUAAUGUUGUUGUCAAACGAAGAAUUUUCGCUGGAAACUACUUUUUGAUGCGAGAGAAUCGCAGGGAAUUUUUCGACAAAGCCCUGCGCUUACGCCGAAAAAUUUCACGCGAGAUGCAUGAAGCUUUGUCUUCAGUCGAUCUUUUAUUGACACCAACUGCGAGUGGCCAAGCUCCAUUAUACUCAAAGCUGAAGGAAGGCUUUUAUAAGAGAGAAGAUCAAGAUGAUUUCUACACGCAACCAGCAAAUCUUGCAGGGGUUCCUGCCAUUUCGGUACCUUUUGGCAGCAGUGGAAAACACCUUCCAAUCGGGGUACAGCUGAUUGGAGGCUUAUUGAAGGAUAGACUAUGUCGAUGUGAGCUGAAGUCCAAAACGAGGAGACCCGCACAAAUGCCAGCUUUUAUAUGGGUAUCCAGGAGGCAUAUCUUGAGAUAUGUCUUUGAUUUGCUUUGCUUUUCACAGGGCAAACGCAGCACAGUCUUGCUGGCUGAUGAACUGAGGAUUAUGAGUGUUGUAACAAUGAGAAACCUCAGAUUUUUUUCCUGACGUCAGUGGUGUUGUUAGCAUGCCUUCGUAUAAAUACAUGAGAGUGUUGAAGUCCAUCUCUUGUUCGCUGUUCUAAACAGUUAAAUUUCUCUUUGUAUUUUUCAUGAACUCUCUGCACCAUCAUUCCUCGCAAUCUGCUAACGCUC